AUGCAAGUCAUCAGUCGUGUGCCCGCGGCCUUGGCCCUGCCAAAGGACAAGACGGAGCUCGAGCAAGAGCACCACACCAAGGUCAUCAGCAUCAAGAGACCAUUGGACCUAGACACCCCCCAGCCAUGGGAGACGGUGAAUGCCACCAUCCAGUUCCGAAAUGAGGACACACAGUACUGGUGGGACCGGACAGGUCGAAUGUUCGCCAAGCUCAUCCAGAGGGCCGGGUACAGCGCAACGGAGCAGUACAAAGAACUGAUCUUCUAUGCCCUCUUCGUCGCACCAGAGCUGGGCAAGGCCCCCGACGCACAAGGCAACGUCCGGGGAUGGAGAAGCCCAGGUACUCCGGACUCAACACCAAUCGACUUCUCGUGGGAGUGGGGGAAUGGCAACAACGGCACCGUCAGGUACUCGUUCGAGUGCAUCGGCCCGCACGCCGGUACAGAUUUGGACCCGCUCAACUCUUUCGCGACAGACGCCUGGAUCCAGAGGCUCAGGGACCAGGGCAUGGUUCCCGGGCUGGACCUGGAGUGGUACGACCACUUCACCAAGGCGAUCCUGCCAUCGCGGGAUAUGAAGCGUGAAAAGACAGCCGAGGUGUUCAUCGAGGAGACAACGCCCAAGGCUGGGGUUGUGGUCGCCCUGGACAUCGAGAAGACGGGGCCUGUGAUGAAGAUGUACAUCUACCCGGGCCUCAAGGCCCUCGAGAUGGGCAUCAGCAACCUUGAGCUCGUCCAGCGCGCCAUCCGCAGCCUCCCCAAGGCGCAGUACGAGUCCCUGGGGUGCGAGCCGCUGCUGCAGUACCUGGACGAGGGCACAGCGCGCUGGGGUUUCGAGACGGGCAUCCUCUCCAUCGACUGCCUGGAGCCGUCGAGGGCGCGGGUCAAGUUGUACAUCCGGGCGCGGCACACGAGCCUUGAGUACAUGAUGGACUGCCUGACGAUGGGCGGGCGGCUGAGCGAGGAUGGUCUCGGCGAGCAGGCGCUCGCGGACAUGAAGGAUUUCUGGCUUGCAUUCCUGGCGGACGCACCUGACCAGCUGCCUGAGGAUGCGCCCGGCCGUGCCAGCCCGGGAUUCUACUACACCCUUGGUGCCGGGAAGCCCGUCUCGGCCAAGAUGUACGUGUCGCCAACGUACUUCUGCAAGAGCGACACCGAGGUGCUGUCUCGCCUGCGCGGAUACUUCUCGACGAGGAGGGCAGACAUGACGCAGGUCGACAACUAUGAGGCGGCACUGCAUGAUAUAUUUGGAAAGAAGACGCUCGACGACAGGUGCGGGUCCCACUACUAUGUCGGCUGCGCGCUGGCCAAGAACCAGCUUCGUGUGGUGACAUAUCUGAGCCCGCAGUCGUUUGACUGCGAGAAGGACCUGAUCAGGGAGCGGGCCCUGGCGGCGUUGGAGUAG